AUGUAUGAAGGCGGUAAUUCGGAUGAGUCAUCACUAGACUCGUUGUCUGAGCACGGGGAAAACAAAUCUUUGGAUGAUAGAUCCAUAAGUUUUGGUGUGGACACUGAGUAUUUAUAUGAGCGAGAGGUUAAAGUAAAUAGUAUGGAGGAUAGGCAUAGGUAUGAUAUUUAUUUUUACCAUAAAUGGAUUUUGAUUAAACGCCCAAAUGUCACAACUGAUUUGAAUUUAUGGAUUGACCGGGAGACAUGUGAAUGUAAGGAAUGUUAUGGAUCUCCAGCGUCUCCAGGCGAAUGUCCAAUAAUUAGGGAAUGUGCAUAUGCAAUUCUUGGUGUAUUACGAAUUUCCCUGUCGACAUACCUAGUAAUAGUUACCCAGGAAACAUUUGUCACGACGAUAAAUUUGCCGGGAAGACAUAAAAUAAGCGUUUAUAUGAUUGCAUCUGCUGUCUGUUUAGCAAUCUCACCCAUGGGAGUGGGAGCAGUGGAUGAAUACAUUGUUCCAUCGCCAGGAGCAAUAAAAAAGUCAAUUGGAACUGCUACAAAUUGGAUUUCACAACAUUUUAAAUUAGGUUUGGAUAGGGAUUCAACUGGAUCAGAGGAUUAUCGCAGUGAAAUUAAGCGACAGAUACUUUUAGUUGAAAGGUUGCUUGAGAAUGGCUUUUAUUACUCUAUUAACGAAGAUUUGGGGGUUAAAUUUCAGGAUCUAUAUACGCAUGAAACUUACAAAUUCAACAGUUGUACAACUGCAAGCUCUAACUUGUACAAUACCUCCAAAUGUAAUGUCAAUCAUGACACUGGUUCUGCUGCAGAUACAGAUGAUGAAUUGUUUGAUUUUAUGAAAAACUGUAAUAAAAACGUCCCUGAAAAUAAUGAUCCAUACAAAAAUGACAACAAUAAUAAAUCGGAUACCGCAUCUAGUAGGCUAGAUUCCAAUGCGGCUAGUGAUGUUAAAUUUCAGAAAAAAUUGUUUGAAAAGCAUUGUAAAUGUGUAUGGUCCAGCUCUGGGAAUGAUUCCUUCAAGUGGAAUCUCAAUAUGGGCAUAGGCUUUCCUUGCUGCUGGCUAACCAGUGUGAUACAGGGUUAUUAUGCUAGUCAAACAACGCUUACGCCACAGGGAGAAUUGACUUUGAUACUUAUCGGCCGUAGGUCUAUCUACAAACCGGGUACAAGAAUCACAUGUAGAGGAAUAGACGAUAAGGGUCAUGUGGCAAAUUUUGUAGAGACAGAAUUGGCAGUAAUUCUACCCAAUGGUCACUUAUCAUCUGUUGUUAUGUGCAGAGGUUCGGUGCCAAUUUUCUGGGAGCAAACCGGUGUAAUGUCGUCUCCAAAUGUAACACAUUGUGUUGAGAUGCUAAAGCGUCCAUUUCUGACUCAUUUUAGUGAGUUGUGCAGCCAAUAUGGUGAUAUUUUAUGUGUAAACUUGCUAAAUGACAGGUGGGAGCUUUGUCUCACUGAAGCGUAUUCUAAUGUUCUCCAAUGUGUAAACAGAAGGUUUUUACUUAAUCAGUUUGGAGGUGGCGAUGCUAUUAAUGAUAAAUCAAGUGAGAGGGUCAAUUUGUUUGAUUUACCUGAAUCAACAUCUAAUUCUAACACUGGCAUUGGUAUUGGGACUAAUAAUAAAUUUGGUGUUGACGUUAAUAAUUUAGAAAGUGAUGGAAUGAAUGAUGGUCAGAAAAAUUCACCUGUUGAAGAAUUGCAGUGUUUGAUAUCAUAUCCCUUUACCGGAGAUCUCUCUGAAUGCUCUAUUUCUUUAAUAAAUUACAAUUUCGCUUCCAAUGUAAACAUUUUUAACAACGCCGUUGAUCUGAUUGAAUACAUAACUACAAUGUUGGUAACGUUUAUGGACGACCACCAACAAUUAAUGGUGGACAAUAAAGGUAAAGUAUUGACCAAGCAAAAGGGUUGUAUUAGGGUUAAUUGUUUGGAUUGUUUAGAUCGUACUAAUGCCUUUCAGUGGUGUUACGGAUGGGUUUGGUUGAUAAGGAUACUUGAAUCAAUUCCGCUUACAGGUUAUACCAACACUGACAUAACCAUUAACGAUGCAAGAAACGCGUCGAGGCCCCUAAAAUUGCCCGAGAUAUACAAGGUUUUUUGGAGCGAAUAUGGCGAUGCAAUAAGCCUUUUUUACGCCGGAACUGCUUCUACCUAUUCAUCGUAUAUAUUACAAGGGUCAAAUAACAUUUCUGUCGCGUUUAACGUUGCUCGUACAUACAUCGAACGCAUCAGGAGUCAUAUGCUGGAAGAUCAGCAGCGUUCGGAGGCUAUGGAGCUUAUCUUGGCUAAACAUCAACAUAAAGAGAUAGUGACUAAAUGUAUGGAAGAUGUUAUUUUAUCGGAACAUGCGGACGAUGAAUCGGCCAGUUUGAAGAUCUGGUGUGGGACGUGGAAUAUCGCCGGAAUGCGCAUGCAGGAGUGCGAUGACUUGCAAGAUUGGCUGAACUAUGGCACUCCACGUUGUGAUAUUUACGCCUUUUUCAUUCAAGAACUUGUUGAGCUGACUACUUUCCGCGUGUUAACCAAUUGGACUGACCCAACCAAGGAGCAUAUGUUGGAAGAGCGGUUUAAGUCAGUCCUAAAGGGAUUUCGCAUAUCUUACCUGAAAAUACGCUCAAUAUCGCUAUUAGGAUUGUGCCUUGUUAUAUACGUUAAAUCAUCCCUUGUUGACUCUAUUACUAACGUUGACGUAAGUAGCAUAAAGACUGGGUUGAAUGGUAACUAUGGGAACAAAGGAGCGGUUGCUGUCAGGAUGAGGUUGAACUCACAUAAUUUGUCAUUUGUUAACGUUCAUUUACCUCCAGGCCGUUCAAAUUCUAAUGAGAGGUUGGAGCAAAUGGAUUUUAUCAUCCAUAACAUAUUUCAGGAUAACAAGCCAGCUUACAGAUUAUUGGAUAGGGACUUGGUGUUUAUUGGCGGUGACUUCAACUUUAGACUGCAGAUUCCCCACGAUGAUAUCCUCAAGUACUUGUGUAAACUAAAUCUUUCAACACUUCUGGAACAUGACGAAUUUGUCAAUCACAAGAAAAACGGCGUUUCCCCAUUCAACUUCAUGAAUGAACAAGAAAUUACCUUUCAACCUAGCUAUAAGUUCAAGAAGAACUCGCCCUUCUACGAUCUACGUAGAUCCCCUGCUUGGUGUGAUCGAAUCCUUUUCUUCAGCCCUAUCAAGCAACAAAUAACGCCACUUAGCUAUAAGAGGCAUGAAAGAUAUUGCUCCAGUGAUCACAAACCCAUUUCGGCCAUUUUCCAAGUUGCCUAA